GUCAAAAAGAAGAUAAAUAGUAACUUAUUCAGAUACUACAGAAUGCCUCUGAAAGACACUGUGAUCUGUGAAAGCUACAACACUGAUACUUUACCUCCUUCACAUUUCAGUGAGUUUACCAACACCUCAUCAGUGAUGGAGCAGCAUCUGUUCCUAUUCCUGUUUUUCACAGGAGUCCUGCAUCUUGUCCUGUCUCGUACAUACUAUCUGAUCCAGGAGGGGAAAACAUGGAGCGAUGCUCAGGCUUACUGCCGAACCACAUACACUGACCUGGCUAUCAUUAGAAGUACUGAGGAUAUGACUCAGUUUCAGAAUGAAGCACAGGCACAACUAUUCAGUUCCAGUGCUUGGAUUGGACUGUACCUUAACAUCAACAGCUGGCGCUGGUCGUUUGGAGAUGAGAUACUGGGAAGUAUGACACAGUGGGCUUCAGAUGAUCCUAACAACAAUGGCGGAGUUCAGGAGUGUGCUAUAAUAGAUAUGUACAGUUGGAAUGAUAGAGACUGUACAGAACAAUGGCCCUUUGUGUGCUUUGAUGAGACUAAAACUGGCGCUGACAGGUACAUUUACAUCUCUACUGAAAUGACAUGGUCUGAUGCUCAGAGUUACUGCAGAGCAACUUAUACAGAUCUGGCCAGUGCAAGAGAUGCAACAGAAAACUCAAUUAUACAAGGACUGACCUUCGACUACACUUGGUUUGGUCUGUUCAGAGACUCCUGGAAGUGGACAGACCAAACCAACUUCUCUACCAUCAGCUGGGUGUAUGGAGAACCUGAUAAUUACCUGGGGGAUGAAAAUUGUGGUUAUAUAGAUAAUGGUGAGGCUGCUGACGCACAGUGCUCAGACAUAUUGCCUUUCUUCUGUUACUCAGAUUUAGUAAUCCCAACACAACAAACCACUGCGGUGACUGUCCCGUCCACUCAGGCUGUGACCGAUCCGACAGUAAUGGCAGUAAACAACAAAAAACAACAAAUCAUGAGGGUGAAGGUCCAGUCCAAUCAGGAUGUGAACGAUCCUGCAGUAAAGGCGGCCAUCUUGGAGGAGAUUACACAGAAACUGGAGAGUCAUGGGAUGGCAGAGACCAUCACUGUGAAAUGGAGAGAACAACCAGAUGGAAAGGUGUUUCACAAGGAGAAAGAGAAAGAAGAAUUCUAAAUCUUUAGCUGUAUAAAAAUUAUGUAAUUCUGUAGUGCUAUUGCCAUUUAUAGAAUGAGUAAUGUGUUAAGUCUGGGAAACAUAAUGAGAUGUAGUUCACAAUUAAAGGGAGGGUGAAGGGACUAAUUUAUACAAUUUCUCUUUCAGUUCAUGUCUAACAUAAUUUUGAUUUUAGUGUCUAUGGUGUCUCUUUAUACCAAAUGUAGUCAAUCAGCUGAUGUUAUUGGGUGUACGAUGUACAACAUUAGGUAUUGUAACGAAAUGCGAUCUUAUGCAAUAUAUUCUGUGUAAAUAUACAUUUAUAUAUUUUCUAAGAUUCAUAAUAGUGUAUGAGUCAUACAAUAUAUAGACGCUCUUAUUGCUUUUCUUAUCAUAAGCAUGAACUAACUAUUCUAUUCCUGAUGAAGUAGAAUCCAUAUACUAUGUGAUGUGAGAAUAAGUGAAUAAUGUUCAGGAUAUGUUCAGAGUAUAUUCUGCUUCUUCCUGAGCUCCAUCUGCAGGAGUUCCACUGUGUUCCUUGUUUCACUCUCAGCU